UUUUCCUUUGGAUCAUAUGUACAUGGGGUCUUGCUUCUCCUGCACUGCCACCACCAAUUGGGUUCAGCCUCCCACGGCCAGAGUUGUUUGCAUGGAUGGCUCUCUGAGAGAGUACUCUACUGCUGUUAAGGUGUAUGAGGUCCUUGGAUCCCUCCACCCCUCCUGUUUUCUCUGCAGCUCUGAUGAGCUCUACAUCGAUGCCGAUAUCCCGGCGUUGGGUUCGAACCAGUCGCUUAAGCUCGGUCAGUUGUAUUUCAUGCUUCCGGUUGCGAAGCUCGAGCACAGGCUGAUGGGUUCGGAAAUGGCGGCGCUCGCAGUCAAGGCUAGUUUGGCGUUGGCGGCGGCGGAGGAGAAGAGAGGCCAUGGGCGGCGGAUGAUUGAUCAAGUUAUGCCGGUUGAGGUGGUCGGUGGAGCGUCUGAAGGAGAAGAGAAGAUUUUUAGGUGGGAGAAAUUUGAUGAAUUCAUUCAUGGGAAUUCUAAAUCAAAAAAAAGAAGACAGGGAUGAGUGCUUUUUUACGGUU